AUGCAGGCCCAAGCACGUUCCCGCAAGCGUGCGGCCGAUGGCAGUGCUCAAGACGCGACAUAUCCAUACCCGCAGCAGAUGCAAGACGGAUCCUUCGGCGUCAACGACCCUCUGGCACAAUACCGAAACCCUCUCUCGAACGACACAUCCAACACCUUUCCCGACUUCCCACCCUACGACAACUCGAUCAACAACGCAAACCCUGGUCCCAACUUUUUUCCUCCGCAAGUGCCAACGACUCAGGCGCCCACUUACGGCCAACCUGCCGUCCCUCCUUCAAAUCAGCUUGUGCGCAGGAACACCAACCAACAAGUUGCUCGCACGCCUCAAAGAAAUCAAUGGAGUAAUUUCGCCAAUCCGACCGACCGUGUAUGGGAGGAUAUGGAUCAUGAGGAAGAGCAGGACUUGGACCAGAAGGCUGCCAUCGCGAAGAAGGACGCCCAAGCAAAGCGAAAACAAAUCCCGCCAUUCGUACAGAAGCUGAGCAGCUUUCUCGAUUCAUCGAAUAAUACAGAAUUGAUUCGCUGGUCAGAUGAUGGCAACUCAUUCAUUGUCCUCGACGAGGACGAAUUUGCUCGUACGCUGAUCCCAGAGCUCUUCAAACACAACAACUAUGCUUCAUUCGUGCGUCAGCUCAACAUGUACGGUUUCCACAAGAAGGAUCCCAGCGUAUAUUGGCACGAAUACUUCAAGAGAGGUCGACCUGAUCUGCUGUGGUUGAUCCAAAAACCGGCCGCCAAAUCUUCGAGCUCUAAGAGGAAACGGGAUCAAGAAAAGCGUGAGCCAGGCGACAGUGACGAUGACCACAAGAACUCGCCUGACACUGGCGACGGAGCUGCAGGGCUCAUGACAACUAUCCCGCGGCAGGACAUGGGCACCUUCCACCAGAAUGAGCAAUUCUAUCGCCAAGCAACUGCGUUCCAGGCUCUUCAUGACCGGCAUGAGAACUCGAUUAACGCCAUUCUCACCUUCCUGGCCACCUUCUAUAACCGCAGCUUAGAUGGACAUUCUGGCCCUCCCAACCUGGCCAGCUUCCUCAGCAAUGCUUCCAUGCCGCAGCAAGCCCAGCAACAAGGUAGUGUCUUCGAUAUGGGCGAUGGCGACAUGAACGAGAGCAGCGUCAACAACAUAAACAAUCAACAGCUGCAACGCUACCAAAAACGACCUUUGCUUUUACCUGCCCCGGGCGCACAGAAUCUUUCUGCCUCACCUUUCUCAAAUGCCACUCCCUCUGUCCGAUCCUCGACUAGCCCUGGUCCUACACAACAAGGCCAACACACAACACAAUUCGGGCCACGCGCACCCCAGUCGCGACCUCAACAACAACAGCAGCAGCCACCAAGAGCCUCAGUCACUCCUGUCAUCAAAGACGAUGCACCUACUCCCGACUUGUUGCACCAAUACCCAGAAAAUGACGACGUAAUGAACCUCAUUCACAAUGUGAACGCCAGCAACUCGCCCAACAAUGGCGGUGUUGCUGGAAACUAUGACAUAAGCAGUGCACUGGAUCACUUACAGGCUGCCAACAGCAAUAGCACCUUGACCCCACAAGAGCGGGAGGAUAUGCUCUCGUUGAUAGCAGCAUCGGGUGCCACUGGAGCAGGUGCCACGGCCGCUCAGCCUGGUGCCAACAAUGCUCUUAUGAUGCCCAACCCGCCAACAAUGCCAUCGCUAGAAGGUCUUCGACAGAAUAAGGCGCAACUUGACAUGCUAGCCAAGAUGCAACAAGAGCAAGACUCCAAAGUCGCAGAUCUUGCAGGACGCUUACAACCACUCUCUCCGACAGGUGCGAUCCCAGGUAUCAACGCCAACAACUUUGAAGAGUUGGGCAAUCCCGGCGAUUUCGAUCUUAGUAAUUUUCUAAAUGAGACCGAGGAUGGAUAUUUUGGCACUUUUGGAGACACAACAUCUGCGCCUCAACGAUCCACCUAUCCAACCACCUCGGCGCCAUCGCAAGGCAUCAAUGACGAUCUGAACUUCAACUGGGAUUACACGCAAGCGAACGGGAUGCCAGAUACAGACGACUUGUUUGGCGAUGUUGGAGGACCGGAUGUUAAUGAUGGAAACUUGAGCGUUGAUGAGCGAGGUGGUAGAAUCGUUGGCAGCGUUAGUUCCGCAGGCACGAGUCCGCCAGACACAACGAAAGCAGCAGGUGAUGAUGAAGAGACACCCAGCAAGAAGCGCAGAACAGGGAAUUGA